UGAAAAAGUACAGACGUUUAAUCACUAUAUUCUUGAUUAACACAUUCCUUUUAGUAAAAUCUCAACAAAAUACAACAUGUAAAAACGGGUGGAAGAAAUUACAGGAUCCGACGAGGCAAUGCAUCAAUAAGAGAUGUCCAAAUACAUACAAAUGUAUCAAAAAUGAAUGCUGUCGAUAUAAAAGUCUUGCCGAUUGCAUCCCAGAUAUGAAAUCUACCUACGAGCCAUGGCCCUGUCGCGGUGGUGGCUCAAAGCGAUGCGACGAAGGAUACGAAUGUGUCACUGGACCACAACUCACUUAUACCGCCUGCUGUCGUUUGGGGAAAUGUAUCGACGAAAAUGGAGUUGAGCAUCGACCUGGAGCUAAAUGGACGAGUGUCUACGACAAGUGCAACACAUGCACCUGUGUGAACGGCAAGAGUGAAUGCACUGACAAAAAAGGUUGUAAAGUAUGCAGAUUAAAAGGACAAAUUAAUGGCGACAGAAAAAAUGGAAGGAAACGUGGAAAAAAACUUAAACGCGGGGAGACUUAUAUGGACGGAUGCAAAAAUUGUACAUGUAUAUCAAAACAUGUCAGCCAUUGUAAAGGUCCAUGUGAAGGAGCAGACGCUAAAGCCGAAUUAAGUCCAUUCACUCCUUGUUUGAAGUCUAGUGGCUGCUCUGUCAGAGCAAGGGUUCGUCAAUGCAAGGGAGUCGGCGAAUGCCUAGAAAAGAAAAUUGAAACUGAAAUCUGUAACAGUGAAAACUGUCAAAAACCAGGAACUCGAAAGGUCGAAAGCACUUCCAUUGUUAUUGGAGGUUUUGAAGCUGAACCAAACAAUUGGCGAUGGAUGGUUUAUCUUUUUCCAUCUAGAUGCGGGGGAACAAUAAUAAGCCCAAGACACAUUUUGACAGCUGCUCAUUGUGUCUUCACUGUAUUUGGAAUGAUGUAUGAAACGAUUAGUGUUUCGGCAGGGAGACAUGAUCUGGAAAAGGAUGAAUUAGACACCAAGCAGGACCGAACAGUCAACAAAUCAAAUUUCAUUGUUCAUGAGAAAUGGAACGAUGCGUAUUUCAAUAAUGAUAUUGCUAUUUUGGUAUUAGACGAGCCAUUGGAGUUAAAUGAGGCGACAGUUCCUAUUUUACUCCCAAAGAGUGAGAAAAUGAAUAUCAAAAAGAUACUUUGCCAAAUCAUAGGUUGGGGGAUGACAGGAAACAACAGAUUUUCUAAUGUUUUGCUGGAAGUAAGAAUGAAGCUUAAAGCAUGCAAAUUGCCUCCAAGCCUGGCGUCUAGGGUUCAACCAGAAUCAAUGUUUUGUGCACACAUGAACAACAGAGAUUCCUGCAUGGGAGACUCUGGUGGCCCAUUCAUGUGUCGUCACAGAGACAACAAGUGGGUUCAGUACGGACUAGUUAGCUGGGGGCCUGCUACAUGUGGUGACUAUUCUGGUGUCUACACAAAACUGACAAAUUACAUUGACUGGAUAAACGACAAGAUCUCUACGGAUGGGGAUUGGGGAAUGUUCUCUGAUUGGACAAAGUGUUCGGUGUCAUGCGGAGGUGGAUAUCAGACUAGGAUUCGUGUCUGCAAUAAACCGAAACCUAUCGCGAAUGGCAAGUGCCUUGGGGAAAUCGGUGAAAAGAAAGUUGAUCCCGACACAGGAGAAAUAGUCGAUGUGCAAGAAAGAGAAUGCAAUAAAAAGAAAUGUUAA